AUGGAUAAUACAAAAAACAAUAGUCAAUCACAACCAACCAUUCCAUCUGGUUGUCCCAUGCACAAAUCAGAAAAUAAUGAAUCAACAAAACCUCUUGGCAUUCCAUCCGACUGCCCUAUGCACAAGGGUAAUAAUAACAAAAUCAAUGAGCUUAAUAUGAUGCCUGAACUGGCUCAAACAGCACAAGACGAUCAAAAAAUAGAAUUACCCAAGGAGAGAGUCAUAUCGUCUAUUCCAAAAUCCACAGACACCAAUUCAAAGUGGGAAUAUCCUAGUCCUCAACAAUUUUAUAAUGCGUUAAGAAGAAAGGGUUGGGAAACACCCGAGGAAGAGAUUGAAACUAUGGUGGAUAUUCAUAAUUUCUUAAAUGAAGAAGCCUGGCAGCAAAUACUUAAAUGGGAGUCAAAGUAUAAAUGGAUCCUUACUUAUCCAAGUUUCAAGGUAGGCCAAAGGAAGUAUCACCUAAAGCAAAAUGGCAUUCACUUUUUGGCACCUGAAGAAAAGCCUGGUGUUCCUGUAUUUCAUUUAGAUAUACGUCCAGCUUUAGAUGAUGUUCCUAGUGUCAUGCUUAGAUUUAAAGAAGCUGCAAAGGCUAAAUGGGAACAAUGGUUUCCAUCUCCUCCAAAUACCGCUGCUGAGUAA